AGUCUCUACUUUGUACGAUAUACGCACAUACAACUUUACAGAACGAAAUAAAGAUGGCGGACGAAGCUACCCAAGAAAAAGAAAUUGAAAAUAAAACACUGACAGAAGAUGUCAUCAAAGCUCCAUCUGACUCUACUGAAAACAGCAUAAAAAUGGAAGUAGAUAAAGAAAAUCAGACUGUCAAUAUAAAAGGAGAGCCCAUCUCAUUUAAAAUGGUGUGGAAUAAACAUACAUAUGACAUAACAAAAUUAGGUCUUCAAAAUACUGUAGCUGAAUUGAGGAGACACAUUGAAGAACUAACAGGGAUUCCAUCUGACAUGCAAAAAAUAAUGUAUAAAGGUUUAAUAAAAGACAACACAGUUACUCUACAAGAUAUUAAAAUAACAAAAAAUGCAAAAUUGAUGGUUGUUGGCUCCACUCCAAAAGAUGUGGAAACUGUAAAAACACCUACACCACAGGAAAUACAAAAAGAACGUCAAGCUGAAGCUGCUGCUAGUAAAGAACCACUUUGCAAACAAAAGAUGCAUCAAAAAGUACUGGACAAAGGAAAACCUGACGAUGUUCCGGUUGGUCUUAAAGGGAAAAAGGAAAAGCUUCCUCCUGUUCCACUAUCUGGUAUGAUCAACAAAGCUGGUGGGAAAGUUCGUUUGACGUUCAAACUGGAGCUCGAUCAGUUGUGGCUUGGUACCAAAGAGCGCACUGAGAAAUUACCAAUGUCCUCCAUACGAAAUGUUAUUUCUGAACCGAUUGAAGGCCACGAGGAAUAUCAUAUACUGGCAAUACAGCUUGGUCCCACAGAAGCUUCUCGUUACUGGAUGUAUUGGUUCCCAGCGCAGUACGUGGACGCAGUUAAGGACACCAUCUUGGGAAAAUGGCAGGCGUUUUAAAAGCACAUGCAGUAUGGCAUUUUACCAAGAGAAGUAGAGGAAGAUCUAUGUGAAAGCGAGAAGAAACUUCUUACGUGUGUUAGGUGUUUAAUACGUAGAAAGAUGAUUUAGUCAACUGACCCAAAGAACAUGACGCGAUGAAAUACUUUUGAUACAUGUUGCGUAUAGAUAGUUGAGAAAAAUAUGGUUGCUUUAUUUUUUGGUUUGUGAAGUAUAGUUAAGUUGAAAAUAUGAACUAUUUAAUUUUUGUACAGUAACAAUUUUUUUAAAAAAAGUCUCUGCGUUAUUACAA